AUGGCUAUAAAGAAACACUUAGACUUCCUUGAAAAAAAUUUAUCUCUCUGUUUGGAGAGCUCGCUCUGUGUAUAUCCUUCCGAAGCUCCAUGGCGUUUCUUGUUCGGGUUUGCAGCUGAUAUCCUCCCCAUCCUCGGUGCAAGAUCUGAUGAGACCUUGUUGUCUGGAAUCGGACACUAUAUUCUGUGUUGGGAUUCUUUCAACAAUUGUGGUAAACAUCGAGCAAUGAAUGACAAUGGUAGCAGCAAGUUGACCGGGAUCAGGCAGAUUGUCAAGUUCAAAGAAAUCCUGCAGAAGUGGCAAGUUGUCACGCUUGGCUCGAGGGCAAACAGCCCCCGAGCCAGCACCCGCUCUGAUCGAGGGGAGGGCACUCCUCGUCGAGGGGAAGGCGCUUCCCAUAUAGAGGAGGGCACUCCCCGUUCUGAUCGAAAUCGCGGGGGAAUUUCACCGGCAAUUAGCAAGAGGCUAACAAAUAUUAUUUGUGAUUCGGACGAGGAUAACGGCCACAGUCCCGAACCGCCAGCAGAUGUUCCCGAAGGGUACUUGGCGGUUUAUGUUGGACCGGAGCUUCGGAGGUUCAUCAUUCCCACUAGCUACCUGAGCCACUCCCUUUUCAAAGUAUUGCUGGAGAAGGCUGAGGAGGAAUUUGGGUUUGAUCAUAGUGGCGGGCUCACCAUCCCAUGUGAGACUGAGACCUUCAAGUACCUCUUGAAGUGCAUGGAGAAUCAUCAGAACGCUCACCCUGAAGAAAGCCCAGCUGGAAACUGGAAACUCAUUCAAUGA